GCCUUGAACGCCGCAUUUCUCCUCCAGUCAUAACGGAGCUAUAUGAGGUGAACUUGCUGCACGCGCGGUCACAUCCCAUAUAUUGUGCUGCCCAGCUUAGUGGUCCAUAAUCUAAUAAUGCUCGCUGCUGGUUUAGCGGCCAGUUAGCACACCUAGUUAGUCUCGGCAGCGUGCUCGGCCUUCUGCGGGGUACCCAUCUCGGGCCGAUGCUGCUGGCUGAUGAUUUCAUUGUUUGCCAUCAUGUCGGGGUCGUUCCGUUAUUUUUAGCUAGCGUCGCUUGCUAGCUCGGCGAGUAGCGGUGAGCGCGGCGUGAAUAAUCGGUGUGUUGUCUGAAUAAAAGGAGGCAUGGAGCAGUGGCAGGACGCGGCCUCCCAGCAGCUCGGGCUGCUCUCGGGCCGUCUGACCGAGCUGUUGACCAAAGGCCUGGGGUGGCUCCGCUCCGAGCUCGGCGUGGACCUGGGGCUGAAGCCCGAGCUCAUUCCGCCAUGGGUAAUCCUGCUGGCGGCGUGCAGCGGGCUGCUGCUGAUGGUCGCCCUGUGGGCCUCGCUCUGUCGGACUGUUUUCAGAAGGCGUCCCGCUGCGAGCCCCCUGGACGACGGACUCGAGGGGAAACGCGGAGCCGCCAAGCCCCUGAAAGCAGAGGAGCCGAAGAAAAAGAAGAAGAAGGCAGAGAAGAAAGCGCAGCCGAACGGGAGAGCCGUCGCUGAAGCGCAGGAAGGAGCCACGGCGUGCGAGGAGAGAGUGCCACAUCAGCAGGCAGCGCCGGCGCAGGGCACGACCGACAAGCUCGCUGAGACGAAGAAGUCCAAAAAGAAGGCCAAGGCGGCUGCAAAGGAGACCAAGGCGGCCUCUGGAGAUGGCAAAGAGCCCGAAGAAGGUGAAGCAGCUCAAGUUAACCGGCGACCAAUGGGUGCCCUCUGCACGUGGGAGACCAAGGUUAGCAACAAGGAGAAACGUGAGCAGCGCAAGAAAGAUAAGAACUCCAGCGACGGCUCGGCCAGCCCUAGAGGAGGGGAGACACCUGUGAACGCCCCCCCGGAGCAGCCCAAGGCCCCCGCUGCCCCGCCCGCGCCUGCCGGCCAGAAGAAGAAGAAAGGAGAAUCUGGCAAAGUGAAGGCGGAGAAGGCCGAAGCUGUUGUCUCUCAAGCUAACAGCAUCGUGGUGCCAGAGGCGGCGGCCGCUGCUCCGGCUGACGUGGCAGCCAAGGUUGCGCCGCAGAGCGCCGCUCCAAAGACGAGCUCCUGGACGACCCCGAGGCCGACGGCUUCGCUCUGGAGACCAGCUGUUGAUGAGUCAUGGGCUGCGCCAGUACCCUCAGCAGAUCUCAAUCUGGUGCCUCUAACCGGACUUGGAGUUGCUCAGGCCCAACCAGUGAGCGACCUGUCCUGGCUCAGUCAGCCCAGAGUGGACGAUGAGUGGUCUGGACUCAAUGGCGGUUCCGCCGACCCCAGCUCCGACUGGAACGCCCCCUCUGAAGCCUGGGGCAACUAUGAGGAGCCCACCCCUGAGCCUCCUCCGACUCAGGAGCUGCCCCGCCCCGAGGCAGCCAAGGUUAAUCUGAUUGGAGCAGCUGAGGAAAAUGAAGACGACAUGAAGGACAUGGCUGACUCCACUGCUGAUGGAGCGGCUAAAACUAAGAAGAAGAAAAAGAAGAAGAAGAAAACCCCGGAGGAGGGAGGGUCACCUGGCCAGGUGGAGGAACCGGAGAAGGAGGCGGCACCUGCCCCUUCAGUGAAGAAGCAGCCACCUGCUCAGGAGAACGCUGCUGCCGUCCAGCCCGUCAAAGCAGCUCCUGCGGAGGCGAGAGGAGACCGACCAGUGAAGGACUCGAUAUCCCAGAAACCCCCUGUCACACAAGUGCCACAGAAGCCGACUGAAGGAGAGCCCGCUGCCAAGCAGAACAACCUUCCUGCUCCAACACAGCAAAAAAAAACCGAGGAGAGCCAAGUGCCCAAAGCAGCGAAGAAGAAGAAGGCAAGGAGAGAGACAUGAGACACCCCCGUAUGCAAGAGACUUCAUAUCCUGUUUAUGCAACCCUCCCCCCCCCCCUCCUCCUUUGACUGGGAUUUGGAACGACGGUCGCUGUUGAUGGACUUUACCAGAAUAAAAAAAAAAGAAAUGUCUGAAAAUGAAACGGCUUUUUCUACACAUGGUGUGUGCCAGUUGAUGGGUCCUUGAAAACUGAAAUGUAAUGCAGUGCAAUCUAAUGUGAUGAGGUGUUAAUGAUUUCUGCGUUUGAUCUUCUGAUAAUGUCCUCUAAUUCCACUGAAUCAAAUAACUGAAGGAGCUGUACUGUAGUCCUUAGACCUGUAGAAAAAUACUGCUAAAGUUUAGAAAUUUGUGGUGGUGGUGGCGGUGGAUGGCGACUGGUGUUUACUGUGUAGAGAAUAACGCUGGUGCAGCGCUGGGCCCAAAGGAUGAACUGGCCUCCUUUUUAACUCGCUCUGAUGUUGAACUCAGACUAACCGUUGGAGCUCUACAAGCUGUAAACUAUUGUGAUUUAAACGAGCCUCGUCCGGCACCCAAAAGGGACUCACGUAGGCUCUCUUUAUUCUUUGUGUUUUUCUUUUUUCUUCUGUGAUUCUAAAGAAAAAAAAAAUGCCAUCACCUCUGCCCGUCCUUUUCGUCUCGUCUGUUUGGCCGCUCUGUGUCUCUCGCUGUUUUUCAGCUGCAGCCUCCUGGGAGCCUCUGAUGUCGCCGCUGUCAUCAUCGGCCUCUCUCGUUUCUUCGUUUUCCACCUCUGCUUGAUUCAGAAGUCCUCAGAAUCUUUUUGUAAAACCUGUUUGUAAUAAAAGAAAAGCUAAAGCCAUAUGUAAAAAGACUAAAUAAAGGCCAGUUUUUCUAU